AAUAAUAUCCAACAUAUCCUUCUUUCUUUCUAUAUGUAUAUAUAUGCACAAUAAAUUGGCUUAAUUUCCACAUGGAUUAAGACAUUAACUUAUGCUUAUUUUUGAAAUUAAGACAUAUCUUGAGGGUUUUGGUUAUGAUUGUCUGAUUUGAUAAGCAUAUGCUACUUAUAGGGUUCUAUAUAUAGCAACUCAGAAGUGUGUGAGUCUUGGUUCAGGUUCCUUCUGAUCGAAUCGACCACUGUUUCAGUUUUGAGCUUCAAGAAAGUGAUCAUCAUAUCCAUGGAGUUUUGUGGUGGUUUUGUUGUUGGUUAUCUUCUGUUUUCUUGUUUUGCAGCAGCUUGCUAUGGUGUCACCUUCUCUUCUCUUCAGAAAACUCUUAUAGUCACUGCUUCAAGUCCAAAAGGCCAUGUUCUAAAAGCUGGUGAAGAUCAACUCACAGUGAAAUGGGCAUUCGACCAAACAUUCCCAGCUGGUACAGACUCAACCUACAAGACCAUAAGAGUCAAGCUAUGCUAUGCGCCACUUAGCCAGGUGGACAAACCAUGGCGGAAGUCCGUGGACGAUCUAAACAAGGACAAAACAUGCCAACACAAGAUUGUUGCAAAACCCUAUACACCUUCAAACAAUUCCUUCACUUGGACUAUUGAGACGGACGUCCCUAAGGCUACGUAUUUCGUGAGGGCUUAUGCGUUGGAUGAACGACAAGUGCAGGUCGGUUAUGGCCAGAAUACCGACGCUAGCAAGGUUACCGACUUGUUUGAUAUUCGAGCGAUCAGUGGCCGGCAUGUGUCGCUUGAUAUCGCGUCUGUUUGUUUCUCGGUGUUUUCGGUUGUUUCGUUGGCUGUGUUUUUUUACAUGGAGAAGAGAAAGGGGAAUGUAACACAAAAGAAGUGAUUAAAAUCUUGAGAAAACCCUAAUCUGUAAUUUUCGGAACUUCGAAUGAAAAGCCAUAUGCAUCCUUGAUCUC